AAAAACCAAUCAGAGCCGUCCAAAUGAGAGGGGCAGGUGUUUUAAAAGCCGAAGGAAACCCUAGUUCAGCAGUCAGCCUGCAGGUGCUCUGUUCAUAGCCGGUAAGUCAUGGUGAAGCACAACAAUGUCAUUCCUAGCUCGCACUUCAGAAAGCAUUGGCAGAAUUAUGUGAAAACAUGGUUUAAUCAGCCAGCGCGUAAAACACGGAGAAGAAAGGCCCGUCAAGAGAAAGCUGUGAAGAUUUUUCCUCGCCCUACAUCUGGACCACUGCGACCUAUCGUUCAUGGCCAAACGUUAAAAUACAAUAUGAAAGUAAGAUCUGGCAGAGGAUUUACUCUUGAAGAACUGAAGGCUGCUGGUAUCCCGAAGAAGCUUGCUCCAACCAUUGGCAUAGCUGUUGAUCAUCGCCGCAAGAAUCGAUCUCUAGAAGGUCUUCAAGCAAAUGUUCAGAGGUUGAAAACAUACAAGGCCAAGUUAGUUGUCUUCCCAAGACGUGCACGGAAGUUGAAGGCUGGCGAUUCAAGUCCUGAGGAGCUUGCCAAUGCUACCCAAAUUCAAGGCCCUUACAUGCCCAUUGUAAGGGAGAAGCCAACUGUUGAGCUUGUGAAGGUUACAAAUGAUAUGAAGGCAUUUAAGGCUUAUGACAAGCUACGCGUUGAGCGUAUGAAUGAACGUCAUGUUGGUGCGAGACUGAAGAAGGCUGCCGAGGCAGAGAAGGAAGAAAAGAAAUAGAUGGAGUACUGAGUUUAUUAGUCUGCCAUCGGCAGGUGUUAAAUUUUGGUUGGAAUGUUGAGAAAUUUUAUCUGUCCAUCUUGCAUUUGAGUAUUUGGAUUUUAACAAUUAUCUUAAGACUGCUGCUGUUACUUUUGGUCCUUGAUUGAGUUAGUCUCUCGGGAGUCCGA